AUGAAUAGUGUUAAAACUUUAAAAAAUCCUGAGCUUCAAGCAAUAUAUAAGAAAUCAAAAGCAUCGACGGAAGAUGUACCAGGUUGGAAAGUUUUUAUAUUUUUACAUCAGGAUUUUUUUUGGAGAACAGUCAUUUCGAUUUUAGUUACAUUUACAUAUUUAAUGCGGAGCACGGAAUAUUCAUUCAAAGUGUCUAUGGAAUAUUAUGAAUAUUUGGAAUAUUUAAACAGUUGUAUAUAUUUUGUCGAUACCCUAAGCGCAACAUUGCACUAUUCAAUGCCGAAAACUCGGAAAUUAAGACACGGGGAAAAAAGAAAACUUUUCUUUUUAGUUAUCGAUUAUUUUACCCUGAUACCAUUUUACACAAUGUAUAUGUAUUUCGUUUUCGAUUUUUCCGGUCCUUUUGGAAAAAUCAUUGUUCAUUUACGUUUAAACGUUUGCCUGAGAAUUUAUCAUUUAUAUUAUCUUUUUUCCGAAACGCGAUAUUGGGUAUAUAAGAUAAAAAUUUAUUUUAUACUCACUUUAAUAAAAAUAAUAAUUUUAUAUGUGGUAUUUACACAUUUGUUUUGCUGUUUGAAUUUUAUUAAUAAAUCAUAUGCGUUACAAGAGCAAUGUUUAAAAGAUAGUAUAAGUUGCAUAAUUGAAGGUGAAUUAUACAUAUUGGCUUUGUUUUGUCAGACGCAAAUAUCGGAAACAAAUUUUUAUCCAAUGUCCGUGGAAAAUGCAUUCGAUACGAUAACAUUUUUUUUUGGAUUUUAUUUUACAUACGGAUGCACUUUACCAUUACUUUUUUUUACUUUUUUCAAUUACGGUUUGGAAUAUUUGAAUUUUUCUAACAAAUACAAUCAAUUGAAAAUGAUAUUGAGAAAUUGGACGUCGAACAAAGCCGUAGAAAAUAAAAUAAUCGAUUAUUACGAAUUGGUAAGGAAAUACGGGGAGAGUAAAAACAAACCGGAAAUAAUUAAUUAUUUCCCAUUGUGUUUGCAAAAGAAUAUUUUUUGUGAAAUUUAUUGGGAAGCUUUGAGACAUUCGGAUUUAUUCGAAGAUCUUAGUUUGGGAUGCAAAAGAUCCCUCGCACUUUGCAUGACUACGAGAUUUAUACUACCCAACACGACUCUAUUGAAAAUGAACGCACUUAAAUAUAAAUUUAUGUAUUUGGAAUCGGGUUUGUUGCAAAUAAUGGCACAGGAAAACGAUGCAAGUCCGGUUCUAUCACUUUCCGACGGUACCGUUUUGGGAGAAUUAUCAAUUUUUUUACAAUUGAAGAGCAAAGCCGUUUUACGAACGGCCAAACUAUGCAUAAUACACUUUUUAAGUUAUAAAAGUUUUUUAAAAGCCAUGAUUUACUAUCCGAAAGAAAUGAAAAAAAUAAAUAAAAAAAUAAAAUACCGUCUCAAAUUAGCGAAAACUAUACACAAGAGCAAAGCAAUUAUACACUAUCAAACGUCGACGGAAAGCGACAAAGUGAAAGAAAAAGCCGAUAUAAAAUGGCUCAAACAACAAUAUAAAUCCAUAAAAGAAUUACACAUGGCAAAUCAAAGGGAAAUAUUAGCAGAAGAAAAAUUAAUUAUACGACAAGACAAACAAGUUAAACCGACAGAAUUUAAAACUCAACUCGGAUACACGUCGAUAUUUUUAAGAUUGUUGGUUAUUAAUGACGAAGUUGUUAAUAAAUACGAAGCCGUUUGUUUACGUACAAAAUGUCCCUGGCUAAUUGAUCCGAAUGCUAAAUUUUUAAAAACUUGGAAUCACAUUGUGAUAACGGUGUCUUUUCUUAUCGGCGUCUUGUUUCCAAUAUUCAUAGGUUGGUACGCUAAAGUUCCGUCAUCUUUGCUUAAUUUCUCAUCUUUCGUCAUCGUUAUAUAUAUAAUUGAUUUAGGAUUUUUAAUAUUUACCGGUAUUAAAAUUAAAAACACGUUAAUAACGAAAUUCGAAACGCUAAUAUUUUACAGAUUUACGACUUUAACGUUUUACAUAAAUGUUAUUGCGGCCAUACCCUUCGAUGCGAUUGCAAAUUUGCUCUUGUCAGCAGAUGACGAAAUGUACAAAAGCGGAUUAUUUUUUCUUAUAUAUUUUUUAAAAUUUUACAUUUUCGUAAAAGCAUUUCACGUUUGGUGCUACGAAAAAAAUUCAAAACCCUUUAAAACGGUUUUUUUUAAAAACAUGGCAUUUUUAGCUAUAUUAACGUAUUGGGCAUCGAUGGUAUUCAAAUUAACCGGAGUCGAAUGCGUUUUUUUCACUUGCAGUCAAAACGAUUGGUAUCGCGUUUUCGAAAGGGCCAUGGGACCACAGUACAAAGAUUACGCAUCGGUAUUUUUAGUUAUUUUUUUGGUAUUCAAUUUAUCCCAAACGAUAUUCACAUCGGAUUCGAAAGUUUCUAUACUCAUAUACAUAGUAGCGUUGUUUAUAUUUCGUAUAAAUUUUUUAGUGUGGAGAGCGGAAAUUUUUUCAUCAUUCGUUUUGGAAAGGUUUCAUUUGGUCAAAUAUAACAGGUUGUCGCAGUUGGUUGCGGAUUUCGUGAGCGACAGACAAGUCAAAGGGAGGAUAACCAAAAGAGUUAUAAACACUCUUUUAUUUCAAUGGCAAUUCGAUAAGGGUAAUUACAUAUCGGAAGAAAACAGAAUACUAGAUAAUUUACCACGAUACGUUUUAGAUCAAUUGGAUCAAGCGACCAUUUACGAAACCAUACACAAAUGUAAAUUGUUUAAAAUGGAAAAUGAAAGUUUGAAAAAGGAUUUGUUGAAAUUUUGCCAUCGUCUCACGCUACCCGUUAAUUCCAUACUCACAACGUUCGGUACUCAAAGCAUGACGCUUUACAUAAUACACAAAGGAUACGUUCAAAUGAAUUCGUUUUUGGAAAACGAUAAAAUUCAUAAUAUCGCGACUCCAUUUUAUAAAAAAAGCGGUACGAUAUUUCCAAUAUUGAUUGCUUUCAAUCAAUAUCCAUCCGUUUUAAACGUGAGAACUAUAACGGAUUGCGAAUUGUUGGUGUUGAGAUUGGAAGAUUUUCUAUCGACAUUAAUCAAACACAAUAUAUUUAAAGAUUUUGUCGAUGCCGUGAAAACGACGGAUUUAAACGCAUUAGGAAAUGCUUCUCCGGGUUUAUCGAUAGUCGAUGCCAAUAAUGUUAAAAUCCCAGAAAAAAAAUUAAAUUUUUUUAAAAAGUUUAAAUUGAUCGACACUCUCGUGCAAUAUAUAAUAUUGGGGAGAGCCAUAGACAGCCGUGGUAAAAGGUACAUAUAUUGGGAAUGUUUUCGUUUGUUAUCGUUUGCCAUCGAACUCCUCGCGUGGCCUCUCAUUUUCGGAAUGCUUUCCAUAUACGACAAACCAAAAAAAGCAUUGAUUUUUUUUUUAGUUUUCCUCGAAUCUUUUACCUGGAUCGAUUUUUUUCUUAAAAUGAAAGUGGCUUUUUACAAUCAAAAAGGGAUUUACGUAACGCAUCCUUUUAGAACUUUUACCCAUUACAUAACGACAACUUUUUUCACUGACCUAUUGGGUACCGUACCUUAUUUUCACAUUCUUUACCUCAUUAAAAUAAAUAAAUACAAUUAUCAUUGGACGAUGUUCAUGACGCAUAUGUUAUUGAGAAUAACGGGUUGGUAUAAAUUUUUUAGCCUUUUCAACUACAUAUCAUCUAUAACCAUAUUAACAUUUAAAGUUGAAUUUUUACAUUUUUUAUUUUUGAUAAUUGUUUUACUCAAUUGGUACAUAAACUGUUUGAUUUACGCGUUCAAUAGCGGAUUCCAUUUUCAUUAUCUCAACCGUAAAGAUCCUGUGGCUAUAAAUUAUUACAAAAUCGUAUUUACCUCUCUUCGGUAUUUGGCGAGAGGUAAAUAUUCAUUUAACAUGUUAAAUUUGAUAACGAUGCUUAACGUUAUAUCCGUUCCAUUGGUUUCUUGGGUAUCGGAAAUAGUACUCUACAGCUUUUACACAAUGAAUUUUGUCGCUUUCUAUUGGCGUUUUUCGGAUUAUCAUUAUUAUUUGAAAAGUUUUCAAAAAUUUUUAAACGGUGAAAAAAUAGAGGAUAUGUUUAUUAAGGAAGCCGUGGAUCAUUACGAACACGUUUGGAUAUUACACAAGGGAAUAGAUUUCAAAUCCGUUUUUUCAAAAUUUCCAGCCAUUUUACACGAGGAUCUCAUGAUGUCCGUUUACGAACAAACUUGGAAUUACGUGAGUUGUUUUUCAAAAGCAAAUAAUUCAUUUUAUAGAAUACUUUCCGCGGCCGUCGUUGAAGUUUAUUUGAAAAAAGGUUCGAUAAUAUUAUUUGAAAAACAAGUGAACGGUAUAAUUUAUUUCGUACACGAGGGACAAUGUUACGUAAAUAAGAAAUUGAUGACGUUGAACAGAGGAACCAUUUUUGGUAACAUACAGGGUGAGGACGUCAUGAAAAACACGAUAACCGCGAAAACACACGUCACGCUAUUGAAAAUCGAUUCGGGUAUUUUUUUUAAAUUAAUGGAUAAUUUUAUACAAACGAAACAUGUAUUCGAAGCGGAAAUAAAAAAAUAUGAAGAUUUCGUAGAGGGAUUACUCGAAGAUACGACGGAAGAGAUUUUUUACGAUGUCACAAUAGAAAAAACAAAUGAAAAAAAUGCAGAAUCGAAAUUUGAACCAAUAAAAAAAACAACGUCGGCCGUUAGCAGAGACAGUCAAUAUCAUUCAUUGAGCGAAAGUCGUCAUAGAAAAAGAGGACGAAUGUUUAAUCCAUUUUCCGUAACUUCAUCAUCGUUGCACGUUGUUUUUUUCAUAGUUUCCAUAUUAACGGUCGUUCUCAUACCCAUAUUCAUAGGUUUAAGAUAUUUUACAGCCUGGAGUAUAACCGUUAUUUACAUGUUAGAUGCAAUAUGGAUAGUGAAAAUAAUAGUCACGCUAAGGACUCCAGUCGUUGAUUCCAAAACUGGACUUUUAAUAUACGAAGGAAAAAAAAUAUUUUAUAAUUAUUUAAUUCAAACGGGUGGACUACCCUGCGACAUACUAUGCGUUCUACCACUCGAAGUAAUACGAAUAAUCGUUAAUUUAAUUAUAAACGAUAAAAAUUUUUUUUGUUUCAUUUAUUAUUAUUAUCUAUUAAGAACCCUUAGAAUUUUUUACAUAAAAAAAAUAUUUAAUAAAUUAAAAAAGAAACUCGCCGUUAAAGCACCCACGAGAUUGUUUAUUAUUUUCAUGUUGAAUUUAUUCUACGUCAACACGUUCACAUGCAUUUCCGUUAUAUUUAAAGAUCUCGAUGGGGAUAAUUUAAAAAAUUGCGAUUAUAGGUACACAAUUGAAAAAAUGACUUUUUUUAAAACUGAAUAUAAUUGCGUGGUUCAUAUUUUUUGUGGGAGUAACAUUUACAGUUGCAUGCCCGAAAAUAAUUUACAAAUAUUUUUAGCAUUUAUAAUAUCAAUAUGCGGGUAUUUUGCAAGAGCCAUACUUUGUUCAGAAACUUUAGCCGUUUAUCAUUUUUUAAAUCAAUCUAAAUACGAUCAAAUAAAACAAUUGGACGAAUUUGAAAAUUAUUUGGAGAUGCGAAACAUAUCACCGGCUUUGCUUUAUACGAUAAAACGAUAUUUUGUCGAUUUGAUUGAUAUAUGUAAGGAAAAAGCUUUGCCAAGUUUUUUAGUUACCGCACCGGAUUACAUAAAAUUUCACAUAAUGUCGGAUUUAUAUUUACAUCAUUUGACGACGUGUUUCGUUUUCGAGGGUGUCGAUAGAUCAUUUUUAAUACAGCUAACAACUCGUUUAGAAAGAUAUAUUUAUUUUCCCGGUAAUUACAUAACGGAACAAGGUGACGUCGAUCAAAAUAUGUAUUUCGUUCAAGAAGGUGAAGUUUACUGUUUGGAAAAGGAUGCAAAUUUUCCAGCACUCGAACGUCCCGUUAACGUCUAUUCGAAAGAUGAAUAUUUUGGAAUUUUACAAGGGAUUUUCCCAUAUUAUCCUCACACGUACACUCAUCGUGCCAGAAUAUUAACCGUUAUAUUAACUCUAAAUUUUCAUCAUUGGGAUGACAUGAGAAAAGCAAAUCCGGACAUUGCGGAAAUGAUUUAUACGAAAGUAUCGCAAAAAGGAAGUUAUGCAAAUGAUAUUUAUAAUAAUUAUGCGAGUCAAAAUGUUUAA